AUGAGCUCCUCCACUAGUAGGAUGGAACAGAACAGAACAGAAGAAGCGACCAAUUAUGACUUUCAGGGUUUUGACUCAGAGGAAGAAUUAAACCCGCUUCUUUCUGGAGUCGGCCAGGAUUCAGAGGACUCAGAUGAACAGGACCAAAUUGGCUCACCUGACUCCGUAAAUAAAUCAUCUCCAGAAGAGACCAAAAAGUCAGUCAAGAGAGGGCUCAUCAGCAGGAUGAAAGCUAUUUCUGUCCAAACAUUUGCUCAAGAGUCAAUCCUGAAUGUGAGGUCUAGAGUCAGGCGUAGGCUGGCCCACCGUCAAAGACAGGAAGCUGACACUUCAGAUACUUCAAUGCUUCUGGAGAGUGAGGAUAGUCUUUCAAAUGAGAUAAUUACACCCGAAGAUCAGCAUACAAACAGUGAGUCUGAAGAGAUUGGGCCUUCCACUGCCCUCUGUAAAAGUGACUGUGAGCGUCGUCUUGAUGUGGCUCAGAAAUGCCACAUUGAGAAAGUGGCUGAGCUUGAGAGAGAAAAGGAGGAAAUCCAGGCUAUAAAGGAAAACCUCUUCUCUCAAGUUAGUCGUCUGCAGGAUGAGAGCAUCACAAAUGAAAGGAACAGGAGCCUCUUGACUGAGAAGGUGGCAAGUCUUGAAACAAGACUGGAUGAAAAAGAGUUAGAAAAUGGAAAUUUGGUGGCAGAAAUUGACGAUUUGAAGGAAAGGAAUCGGCGUCAAGAAAAGCAUUAUGGAGAGAAAGUGCCUCACCUAACAAGAGACUUGCAGCAAGCUCAGGACAGAGAAAGGGCCCUGAACCAGCAAGUGACCUCUCUUCAAACAUCAUUUAAUAAAACACAAGACGAGGCUACACAGCUCAGGGCAGCAUUGCAUGACUGUGAGCGUCGUCUUUAUGUGGCUCAGAAAUGCCACAUUGAGAAAGUGGCUGAGCUUGAGAGAGUAAAGAAGGAAAUCCAGGCUAUAAAGGAAAACCUCUUCUCUCAAGUUAGUCGUCUGCAGGAUGAGAGCAUCACAAAUGAAAGGAACAGGAGCCUCUUGACUGAGAAGGUGGCGAGUCUUGAAACAAGACUGGAUGAAAAAGAAAGAGAAAAUGAAAAUUUGGUGGCAGAAAUUGACGAUUUGAAGGAAAGGAAUUGGCGUCAAGAAAAGCAUUAUGGAGAGAAAGUGCUUCACCUCAUAACAGCCUUGGAACAAGCUCAGGACAACGAAAGGGCCCUGAACCAGCAUUCAGAGGAAACAAUCAGCAAGCUCAAAGAAGAGCUCAAGGCAAAGCAGGAGGAAGAGAUACAAGCGCCAAGUGAAAGACAUCUUAACUCCACUGGGGUGCAGACAGACGAGAUAUCACCUGACCUCGAGAUAUCACCUGAACCUCAGCAGUUGGAAACUCCUGCUAUUAUUAUUAUUACAAACACAAACACAGCCAUGAGCUCCUCCACUAGUAGGAUGGAACAGAACAGAACAGAACAGAAGAAGUGACCAAUUAUGACUUUCAGGGUUUUGACUCAGUGGAAUUAAACCCGCUUCCUUCUGGAGUCGGCCAGGAUUCAGAGGACUUAGAUGAACAGGACCAAAUUGGCUCACCUGACUCCGUAAAGAAAUCAUCUCCAGAAGAGACCAAAAAGUCAGGCAUGAGAGGGCUCAUCAGCAGGAUGAAAGCUAUUUCUGUCCAAACAUUUGCUCAAGAGUCAAUCCUGAAGGUGAGGUCUAGAGUCAGACGUAGGCUGGCCCACCGUCGAAGACAGGAAGCUGACAGUUCAGAUACUUCAAUGCUUCUGGAGAGUGAGGAUAGUCUUUCAAAUGAGAUAAUUACACCCGAAGAUCAGCAUACAAACAGUGAGUCUGAAGAGAUUGGGCCUUCCACUGCCCUCUGUAAAAGUGACUGUGAGCGUCGUCUGCAGGAUGAGAGCAUCACAAAUGAAAGGAACAGGAGCCUCUUGACUGAGAAGGUGGCGAGUCUUGAAACAAGACUGGAUGAAAAAGAGUUAGAAAAUGGAAAUUUGGUGGCAGAAAUUGACGAUUUGAAGGAAAGGAAUUGGCGUCAAGAAAAGCAUUAUCGAGAGAAAGUGUUUCACCCCACAACAGCCUUGGAACAAGCUCAGGACAACGAAAGGACCCUGAACCAGCAUUCAGAGGAAACAAUCAGGAAGCUCAGAGAAGAGCUCAAGACAAAGCAGGAGGAAGAGAUACUAGCGCCAAGUGAAAGACAUCUUAACUCCACUGGGGUGCAGACAGACGAGAUAUCACCUGACCUCGAGAUAUCACCUGAACCUCAGCAGCUGGAAACUCCUGCUGCUGAGGCUCAGAGUGAAAGCCUGUGGAAGCGCUCUCUCAGAGGUGCACUGAGCGUAGGCAAGUUCAUCGGUGUGUCCUCUGCAUGUGCACUUGUUGCAGUGGGUAUACUGUCCAUUGGAUUGAUUGCUCAUUGUGAUUGCCCAUGUGAUCCUUUCUCCCACCUGUUGGAAUCAUUGACUAUUCACAACACAGGACACCCCUCUUAA